ACACAUCAACCUGGUAGUACUGUGGAGUAGGUCGCGCGAGGCAUUGGGUGGAGCAGCAGCGUCGCGUGCUGCGGAAUACAUUCAGUAGGUCGUUAACGCUGCGCGCGUUUUGGUUGCAGAUGCAGGUCGCCGAGUGUGAGCGCGAGGCGGGGGGAAAUGGCGAACGGGCGCGGGCGGCGGUGCGCCUUGUGAGGAUACAGUAGAUACCGGGAGCGGAGGCAGGCGGCAGCUCGAGGACAGACGGUGAGAGAAGGGAGAAGGGAGAAGGAGCCAUGGAGGACUCGGAGCCCGCAGAGGACGGCUUGCUCGCGGGCUUGCGGUGGAACCGGAGCGCACGGGACCAGGCUCAGCUCAAACACAAAAUCCGGGACCUGCCGGGGCUACUCAAGCACGGGCUGCACCUGCGGAAGAAGAGCCAAUCACCUGACACUAUCCCUGGACCGAGCAGUGGACCUACUGUACACAAGUCUUGCUCCCAGAGUUUUCCAUGUGCUGGUCGGGCUGUGAGGAACGCCUUCCUCUCACAUGGACCAUACCCAGCUAAAGACAAGAUACACCUGGCCAGAAUCAUACGGCGUAGCUAUGUGGGCGUGGAGCUGGUGCAGUGGCUGUGCGAGCAGUGUGUGUACGUGCGCUGCCGGACUGCUGCUGUGCGUGUCUGGCAGGUGCUGCUGGAGCUGGGAGUCCUGCUGUCUGUGGACCAACGCGUGGUGUUUUCGGACUCAAACUCUUACUACCAGUUCAGCUUUGAGGAGUGCGACUCCGCCUCCUGUGAGUUUCGCUCCAAUGAAGGGGAGUGGCCAGAGGCUGUUAGGCUCCUCCUACAACUCGCCCCGUAUGUCCAGUUUCGCUCUGGAGGCGGGGCCAAUAGCCCGUCAGAGGAAGACUCUGAAGGCAACAGGGACAUCUGCAGUGAGAUUCUCCAGAUGAAAGCUCUUGAGAGGCUCACAUCUACGGUACAAAGUGAGCUGGCGGCUGCUCUAGCCCGAAAGACUCGCAAAGCUUUAUCAGAGCAGGACUCUGAGGCGACAGAGACGAGCCAACAGGAGCCUCGCACACCCAGUGAGGAGAGCAGCCCGCUGGGUGGGGUGUGUGCGUUGCGGGACGGCGGCGGCAGCGGGAGCGGCGGCGGCGGUGGCGGAGGAGGGAUUGGGUCCGUAUGCGGCCGUGAGGAUCUGACGAGCCGGCUGGGGCUGGAGGCCGUUCAGCGGCUGGCCAAGGACGGCUGUCGACUGCUGCAGAACCACAACUACCGGCUGCCUGACAGGAACCAGGCCGAGGCAGUGGGGAGGGUUUGUCUGAAGGAGAGAGGACGGGACGUUUUGGUUUUGCAGAGAGUGACAUCAUCAGUGACAUCGCCAUCGGACCGGCCCUCGCCCACAUCGUCAGGGGGUGGGUCCAGAGAGGAGGAUUGCGACAAGAGGUAUGUGGUGGUGUCGGGAACGCCGCUCAAGAUCUUGGAGCACCUGCUAAGUGACCUGCGAUUGGAUGACCAAAGAGGGGCGCCAGAGAGCAGGGAGAGCGAAAUGUUGCUGGAUGACUUCCUGUUGACCUACCUGGUGUUCAUGUCCACUCAUGACCUCUGUCAGGCACUUUUGGGACACUAUAGCAGUGCCCGCUGCAGGGGUCAGGAGGAGGGCAAGGACGCCCUCUUCAGGAAGCGUAAGGUGCUUCAGCUGGUGUCCCACUGGAGCAGGCUUUACAAGGACUUCCUCAAGGAAGAGGAGCACGUCAGGAGCUUCAUGAAGACCCUGUACAGGUGUGUUUUAGAAGAUCUGUAUGAGUUCCCCACGCUGGAGAAAGACCUGAAGGAGUUCCAGAAACUUCUGCGUCGCAGACACACUGUGGAUGACUGUCCUCCAAACCAAAAGAGCAAACAAAUGUAUCAGCAGUUGAGUUUGAAGGAAAACUGUCUGCAACUCCGAGGUCCACAAACUGAGACUAGAGAGGUUAUUUGUUGCGUGUACGUGAGCACCGACUCCUACCUGAGUGUCCACACGCAUCCGUCACUGGAAGCCCAUGAGCUGCUAAGGAUUGUGGCUCUGAAGAUGGACAAAGCAGAAGAGGACAUGGUGCUCGCUGUGGUUUCACACACUGGAGAACGGAGGGUGUUACAGCCCAGUGACUGUGUGUAUUCAGAGUCUCUGACCCCGCAGGGAAAGCUUGUGGCCUGUCGCAGGGAUCUCACUGAGAUCUUGCCUCCUUUAACAGACAGCGCUGAGCUAAGCAGGAGGCCGGUGCGACUCCUAGGCAUCAACACCUGGGACGUGGCAGCUGCUCUCACACACCUGGACUGGAGCCUCUUCAAAUCCAUCCACGAGCAAGAGCUAGUGUACUACACCCUCAGCCGUGUUCCCGGUAGUGGCCACACGGCGGCGCUCUCAGUCCUGCUCCAGCGCUGCAACGAGGUCCAGCAGUGGGUCAUGUCGGAGGUGCUCAUGUGCGUGUCUCUCAACAAGAGAGUGCAGCUGCUCAAGAAGUUCAUCAAGAUUGCUGCUCAUUGUAAAGCCCAAAGAAAUUUGAACUCUGCAUUUGCCAUCAUCAUGGGUCUCAACACAGCAGCUGUCAGCCGACUCAACCAAACCUGGGAGAAAUGUCCGGGAAAGUUCAAGAAGCUUUUCUCAGAGUUGGAGCUCAUCACGGAUCCGUCUUUGAACCACAAAGCGUACAGAGAAGCUUUCAAGAGGAUGAAACCUCCCAAGAUCCCUUUCAUGCCUCUUCUCCUGAAAGAUAUCACUUUUAUCCACGAGGGAAAUAAAACCUUUCAUGACAACCUGGUCAACUUUGAGAAGCUGCAUAUGAUCGCAGACACAGUGAGAAUGAUUCGCCACUGCCAAAGCGACCAGCCAGGCAACGAGGUGAUCGGGGUCGACAGCGUGGAGGUGAGGGCAAGUGUUAACUACCUGCACAUUAUCGACAAUCAGCAGACUCUUUUCGAACUGUCACACAAACUGGAGCCUCGCGCUUAAACACACACACACACACACACACACACAUCUACACACAGACACACACACAAACACACUGGACACAGCGCAACGGAAACGCAAGCACUGUGUGACACCGAGGACGCUUUGUACAGCGAAAUGCCACACACACUCACACAUACACUGCAACAAAAUCACACUACCAGCAGUGGUGCCAAGUGGACAAUAAGGUGCCAUGUGUUCUGACAAAACUUACAAAGACAAAUAGCUGCAUUCUGCCUGUUCUCUAAAGGCUUUAUAACACUGAACCUGUACUUAUAAAGGAUUUAUAAAGUCCGUACACGCUCUGUGAACUGUCUACAGGAAGAGAUUCUGCGCAGCAACAGAGAUUUGCCAAACUAAGGAAGAAGGCUGUAAUUAGUUUGUAUAAUACCUAUUGGACUGAAUAUGCCCUUGGUUUUGUUCCUGUGAUGAGCGUUUGGUUAUUUAUGAGCCUGUCCAGCAGGUGGAAUGUUCCUUUAUUUCAGACAGAGUCUCGUCAGAGGUCAACAAGGAUUCAAUAGCCUCGUCAUAAUUUCAGUUACAAACACAAAAACGUCUGUAGAGGAGUUAGAUGUGUUCAUAACCUGAUGGCCAAAAUCUGCUCCAUCGAUGGUCUCGUAUUAUUUCAUCUGCGUAUCACAUAUCUGCCUCCUGAUGCAUUUAUAUGCAGGAUACAUGCUAUAGUUAUGUAGGUGUAUGAUGUGGAGCUUUUUUGGGUUAUCGUGCUGUGACAUAUUACGUAACACAAGCAGCAUCCAGAGCUUACAUUAUCAUACUUACACCUUUUUAUCUUUUCUCACUGAGGCUCUGUCUUUUAACUAAAAAUGUACUUGAGUGACAAAAGGUGCAACUCUAACAGUGUGUUGUACCUGACGUGUGAGGGAAGCAGGUUUUCACUGACAGACAGUGAGGUUUGAAAUGCUAAAGCCCUCCUGAACGUGCCAGAGUUCAAAAACUGUUGAUGAGCAGUGAACAGUUAUUGGUUCUUCUUUCUGUUUUAAAGUCCUGGUUGACUUUUAGCCAAACACUCCUCGGGCACUCUUCUCUAUGAUGUUUUUGUGUGAAUAGAUGAUGAUUAUUUUACAUUGUAUAUAAUAUGGACCUAUACAUUUUUCAGUGCCAAAUGUCAUGUGGAGUCCUGCAGCAUAGAUGUACUGUAGAGCUCUUGGUUUGUUUAGGAGUCUCUUUUUUUGUCACUAAUUUUUUGGUUUCCUUGAAUAAGCCCUGGAAUGACGUCAUGUAAAGCAGAUCUGAUUCCUCGCAGAGAAACUUUCUGACACUCUGACGACUGAUUUCAGGGUGUGUGUGUGUGUGUGUGUGUGUUUGCUUUCGUGUGUGUGUGAGAGAGAGUGUGUGUGUGUGUGUGAUGGUAUCCCACUCGUUCUGGGUUGCUAUGGAAACACAGCCCCAUCAUAAUUUUUUUCACUUUUUUUUAAAAGGACCAGUAUGUAGGAUUUAGGGGGGCUCUAUUGACAAAAAUGGAAUAUAAUAGUGUAUAAGAAUUGUUGUGUUUUUGUUACCUUAGAAUUAGCCCUGUAUUUCUACAGAGGGAGAGGGUCCACCAUGUUACACCGCCUUGUUUCCACAGUAGCCCAGAAAGGACAACCAAACACUGGCUCUAGACUUUCACGUUUUUUUACGAUACCUGAAGGCCACUGUAGUUUCUCCUACACGCUUGGAGGGGGAGGGGUGAGGCAAGGGGUAUUCAGCUGGUUGCAAUCUGCAACUUCACCACUCCAUGCCACUAAAUCCUACACACUGGUCCUUAAAUCCUUAGAGUUAUACUGUUAGAAGUCAACACACUGCACCACAGAACUUAGCUUUAUUCGCCAAAGUCAUGUUCAUGAGGAGAUUUUUGACAUAGUCGUUUCAUUCUUACUGACUGAAAAGAUCACUUCAUUGGGAAGUGGUCUUGUGUAAACUGCCUGUGAAAAUCAACACAGAGUGUGGACAGAAUAAUGGAAGCACAAGGACACAGACUUCCAGCAUUAAAGUAAGACUGUAUGGUGAGAUUUUAUAGCUUUGGCUCAUCCAUUAAUGGUUUUCUACAUGUUGGCAAGGAAAAUUAUCCGUCCUGAAUCCAUUCAGUUCUCAUGGUCUGGCAACAUACUCCUGUUGAUACAGCCCUGACAUGUGAAAAGCAUCUAUUUGUUAUUCAAAUCCCUGAGUAACCAGCCCAUCUUGUUCAUAGAAUUAUGACUCUGGCUCACUCUGUAGUCAUUACAAAAGAAAUGCUGCAUGGGAUGAAGGGAAUCAUUCGGUAAUUUUAUAUAAACUGAUGAUGAUUAAUUCAAAAUAAGACAAGAACCACAUCUUUCAGAAUCAUGCCCAGUCUUAGUUUGGCAGCCCUUGUAAGUGUUUGUAUUAUUUUGUCCUCACCCUGUAUCUAUUCAUGCAGUCACUUCAGUGGUACAUUUCUGCUGAGUAGGAGGAACCAUCCAAGGGUGAGAUUCCUAAAUGUUAUGUAGUGAUGCAUGUCUCGCAUUGUUUAGAUAGUUAUAAAGCAUGGGGGGUAAAGUGCAAUACAGUAGAAAUGUUGUUGCCACAAGUGUUCAUCAUCAUCAUUUCAACACUAAGCCUUUCAUAGCACAGAGCUGCUUUCUCUUGCAGACUAUUAUUAUUCAACUACAAGAGGGAAAACCUGAAUUUCCCAAACUGUCUUGGUACCAAAAGCAUCUUUGGUUCAUUACAAUAAGAAAUUAAAGGGUGAUUUCAAGGUGAAGACUCACUUUAAACAUAGUUUUUGUGUUGUGAGUAGCUUAGUCAUUGUCUGUGCAUUAAAAACUCCCAGACUGUAACCCACUGCUGUCACCAACACACUCUAAAGAUGCUGUGACACUGAAUGUGGAGCCAGUUAUACUUACCCAGAUAAUUCCAAUUGAAAGAUUAUUUGAGGCAUGUAAAUAUUUGAUAUUAAGGAAGUGUAAAAACUAAACAAACACUAAAGAAGUCUGUUUCUUGUCCAAGAAAUGUUGCUUGAUAUUACACAUGUGAGUAUUGAGAUUCCUCCUUUCCAGUUACUGAGGUCCACAAAUAUCAGAUAAACAAUUUUAGAAAACAAGAAUCAUAUUCAGUACUGACAGUGGAUUUCUCCUUUAAACCCCGACUCAGUUCCUACUAACUUAACGGUAGCGGAUGAAAACACACACUAAUUCAUGUGUGUCUAUUGCCCACUCUCUGGGGGCAAUAGACACACAUUUCGAUAUAGACAGCUUCUAGAAACAAUUACGAGAUAAUGCUAAAUGCUAAGCUACAGUUUUGCUGUUUAGCAUUUAGUUAAAAGGCUAAGCUACUGUAACAGUGACACAAAUGAAGAAAAGGGAUAAAGUCAGGAAACUCACUGUUCAUUACACAACUAUAUUUAGCUAAAGUUUGCUACCAUUAGCUAAAAUUAGCCACCAGAAGCUACCAGUCAUACCAGACCAAGUACCCCUGUAGCAGCAAAACUCUAGAGUGUACGUAAUUGAACAAAACUGUGCUUUAAUGCUUGUGAGUUCAGCUUUUUAUUUGUAAGGGAAACACUUAUUUCUUCUCUUUAGAGUUACAUAGUCACAUUUUAAAGAUGAUUUUUGUGAAACUAAGUCAGUGAUCCUUCAACUGCAAGAGCUGAUAAAUCUGUGCUUUGUUCAUAUUCAGUAUCACAGAGAGACCUUGUGGUCAUCAUUUUUACUCUUAACCUGUACAUGACACACACAUGCAAAGACACACCUCUGCUUACUGUGUCCAAAAAGCAGAAUAAUUGUGCUAUAUUAGUUAUUUAUUGUAAUAUAUUGUUUAUUUAUGUAUUUCAGAGAUGGCGAAAUGUCUCAGUUUAUGUGCCAGAGGUUCAACAAGAUGUUUGUGGUUUGAAGCUGCAAUGCUGGAAUGUAAAAGUCCUUGUUGUUAUGUUUUGUGGCCACUUGAGGGAAGCAAAGGAGCAAGUCAGAGUGACAAUGUUCAUCUCUUUCCUCUGGUGUCAAAUGUUUAAAUGGAGGGAAAGCCAACAAGGAGGUUGUAUUUAGUGUUUAUUGGCCAUUGUCAUGACUGUGUGAAGUCAUGUUUUUUUUUUUUUUUUUGGUUUAAAUUCUAUUUGCAUGUUAAAACAAAAAACACAAAGUUCACAAUGCAAAUGGGGACACAUUGAAGGCUUUGUACUAUUGUAAUAUUGUUGAUGUGUAAAUAUAUGCCUACGUUGAUAUGUUGUUAUUAUUUAUCAGUUGUAAAUGGAAAAAAAAAAAAAGUCAACCACAAAGCAAUACGUCUCCCCUCGUGUCCCCUCAACCUGCGGACAGCUGAAGCCACACGUCUUUUCUAAAGCUGCGUUUUACUAUGUCAAAAAUUUUACUGAAAAUGAAUAAAUUAUAGGUUUUAUGUGACAUCUCCAA